CAAGAUUGAGUCAUUAAUCGCGCCAUGUUAUAUUGAUGACGUACGCGACAACAACAACCACAGAUUAUCGGUUCAGCGCACAGAAUUCCAAUCAUUUGUAUUCAUAUUUUAUCACAAAGCAAGGAAACCGAGGAAACGUGGUAAAAAGUGCGGACCCAUUGCGUUGAUAGAUAUUUUUCGGAUUCCGAGAUCAACACAACAGACCAUCAGUGGCAAAACAUAUAUUAUUAAAUGAAAGUGAUUUCAACAAGUGACAAAGCCUGUGACCUGAAGCAAUUCAACAUCACACGGUACUUAGUCAGCAGCAACUAACGACAGCAACUCACAUUCUGCUGCAAGCAGCAAGAGACUCUGCAGCUUUUUUUGAACCUCUAUGCACCACAGCUAAUUGAACAAUGAAAAUUGACAUCCAUAAUCACAUUCUGCCUGAGAGGUGGCCCGACCUUAAAGAGCGAUAUGGUUAUGGUGGUUGGAUCCAGAUGUACCCACACUGUGAGGGCAAAUCACGCAUGAUGAGAGAUGGUAAACUGUUCCGCAUCAUUGAGCACAAUUGUUACAACCCUGAAGAGAGGUUACGAGAAAUGGAUGCCACAGGUGUUACAGUGCAGGCGUUGUCCACAGUGCCAGUGAUGUUCAGCUACUGGGCUAAACCGGAAGAUACUCUCGAUCUCUGUCACAUUUUGAAUGACGAUUUGGCUAAAACCAUCCAGAAAUACCCCAAACGCUUUGUUGGCUUGGGAACGCUCCCCAUGCAGGCACCGGAACUAGCAGUGCAAGAAUUGAAGAGAUGCCGAAAGGAGCUGGGCUUCCCUGGUGUGCAGAUUGGCUCCCACAUCAAUGAUUGGAACUUGGAUGCUCCUGAACUACAGCAAGUCUUUGCAGCUGCUGAGGAGUAUGACUGUGCCAUCUUUGUCCAUCCAUGGGACAUGGAGCUUGGUGGUCGUAUGGCUAAAUACUGGUUACCCUGGCUGGUUGGUAUGCCAGCAGAAACAGCCACGGCAAUGUGCUCAAUGAUCUUUGGGGGAGUCUUGGAACGUUUCCCAAAGCUGAAGGUCUGCUUUGCACACGGAGGUGGUGGUUUCCCGUUCACCAUCGGCCGCAUUGAGCAUGGCUUCAAUGUCCGUCCAGAUCUUUGUGCUGUUGAGAAUAAUGUCAACCCACGCAAAUACAUCGGUCGUAUCUACACUGACUCCUUGGUUCAUGAUGAGAAGGCACUCCAGUUUCUUGUGGCUACAAUGGGAGAGAACCACGUCUUGCUUGGAAGUGACUACCCAUUUCCACUCGGUGAGCACCAUCCAGGGAAACUCAUUGAAUCUGUCCAGGACUUCACUCCAGAACUCAAGGAUGCUUUACUGGCUGGAAAUGCACUAGAGUUUCUUGGCUUGGAGAGGUCACAAUAUGAGCCUGAUGAUGGCCCCUCAGCUAUGGCGUCAGCGUCCUGCACCAGCAAGGAUUGUUCAGUCACUGCAAUGGAGACAGAACCCUCAGCAAAGAAACAGAAACUGGAAGCCUGAAAAGGAUCUGAAAGAAACAGCCCCGACAAGAAUGAGGCUAUUUUACCUUCGAAAGAAACGUUUGAAGCAAUUUGAACAAUGACCCCUACAUGACCUUUGACCUCAGUAAUCCAAUGUAGAAUUGUGUCUUCCCAGGAUAAAGAGACCUUAUAUCAGGUUUCCUUCACCAUGCAUCAGUGGCCAUCUGUGCCAUGUUUCAGGACUUGAUAUCAAUUUGCACACCAUGUGAUUGGGAUUAAACAAAAGAGAAAAGAGCCUGACUGAGUUUUGAAAGUAUUGUUUUUGCUGUAUAUAAAUGUAAAUAUUACAAAGAAAUAACAUUAGAGCAUGUACAUAGCUCAUUGUAGGAUGAUUUUUUUUCUCUAGUGUCCUUUUGAUUCCCAAUAUUUUGUGUGUGUUGAAAUGAGUGAUAAGCAUGCUCUAAUAUGGGUCUAUUUUGUUUGUUUGGUGAAGUUUGGAAUUGACUUCAAGCUAAGGUCCUGCUGGAGGCAUGCCAGUAGUGUACACCGAGUCACAUGUUUUUGUGCAGAGUUUCAUGUAACAGUUUUUUUUAAAGCUUUUACAAAUUGACAGGGUAUUUUUUCAUAAUACAUUGUAAUAGGGCAUUAUUAUAAACUUACUAUCUAUUUCACUCAAAAAGGCAUUUAUGAAAAAAAAUUAAGAAUAAAGUUAACGUAUUUGUGAGAUGUCACUAAUGGAAGCAGCCCAUAGCUAUGGUGAGUUAACUGUUUCUUUGUAAGCCAACCGUUCCAGGUUUCAAUUGAGGAUUAUGCCUUGUUGAUAGCUGGCAACAAAUAGACGGGGAGAAAGAGAGGUACAUGUUAAUUGCAGAGCUUCAGAUUGGUCCAAAGCCCCAUCCUCUUUGUUGCCACUGACAAUGUCAAAGUUGCAGAAUAGACCAUUAUCUUCUUGUAGGCAUUAGAUUUUUUCCCAUUGGAAUCAAUGUAACCAAAGCCAGGCUGGAAGGAAAAAUAGUCUGAGUCCUUUUUGCACGAAAACAUUAUCAUUCAGUACUGUUAUUGGAUGCAGGGAACAUGACUGAAAUGGUGGCAGCAUGAUAAGGUCUAUUCUGAGUGCAGGUUUCAUCAGUUUCUUCUAUUGUGUUAGGAAUUAGUUUAUGACAAGAACAAAGUGUAUUUCUUAAAACCAAACAGGAAGGCACUAAAUAACCUAUGUAGCGGUUUGCCUAUUUUCCUUAGUCUGGUGGAAAAGUUUGUAUAUUCAUGAGAAAAGAACUAGGACGUCACAGCAUUAUUAACUCAACUAGCUACAUUAAAGCUGACGUCAAGCUGCCUCGGUAGCCUAGUGGAUAGUGAGAUGAGCCUAUUAACAGAAAGAUCUAGAUGGUUUUUCAACUAUUUUUCUUCUCCAAAUUUAUCUUUGGGAUUAUUUUAAUAAUCCGCUGCACAGGUUAGUGUUUAGUACCUUCCACAUAUAUACAUGUAACAUGGUUUACUGAAGAUGCUGCCACACAUACAUUGUACAUCCUGCGCAUGUGCACACCCAUUUAAUUUGAGAUUGAACAUGAUGUGUACAUGAUACGUUGCUUCUAAGUUUGGAGGCUGGAUUUCUAUCUCAAUUCACAUUACAUAUUUUAGUUUACUCAAAUUUCCUAACAACAUACAUGUACAUUGAUAUGUAGAAUGUAGUAAUAUUUAUGCUUUGUGUACAUACACAUUCUGUUUGGUUGGUUAAUGUCAUUUUUGUCCGGAUGGGUACAUGAGGAUGUUUACAGAAUUGUGGUCGUUUUUUUUAUAGAUUGCCACGUGGUCCUUUUGUCAUGUGGCUGUUUUGUUUUAAUUUCACCUUUUGGAGUGUUACAAGGCAGACUAAAUAUUGUUCAGUUGCAUGAUUUAUUUGCAUGCAUUUAAAAAUUACAUUCUGCCAUUGUUUUCGAGGAUGCAUAUUGAUUUUAAACAGCUCAGGCGCCUCAUUUCAAAGAGUUUCUGGAUUGAAGAUACUGUUGGCUACUAAACUCCAUU